AGGAUGAUGUUUUUUCAAGAGCAUCAAGCGUUGAUGGCUGGCAGUAUACCUCUUUGAGGGGGUAAAUAUUUCACGGACACCGGCGGAAGAGACGAGACGAGAAGGAGAGAGGAAACCUCCCAACACAACCGACAGAGGGUGGAGGAGGGGGACCAGUGGCAGUAGAAAAUGGCUGCCAUGACAACGGUGCCCAGCUAUACCCCCUCACUGUGGGUGAGAAUGUGUCACGCCCUCCCCCGGCUGGACCUCACCAUGCAGAUGAAGGACAACAUCUUUGUCCCCGACAGCUGGGAGUACCAGCAGACUCUGCUGGUUCUGUCCAGUUUAUCAGCCAUCGCUCUCGUCAUCUCCCUCUUGGUGGUCCUCUCCUUCCUCAUACACUACUGCUGCUGUCACCGUGGUGACCGGAGCGAGGGCUCGGAGGAGGAGGAAGAGGAUGAAGAUGCCAGCACAGGUCACGGUUACAGCGGGAAGAAAGGGCGGGGCAUCUGCUGCGUCACGUGGGUGGCAGUAGCGGCUGUCACGCUGUGCUGUGUUGCCAUAGGCAUCGGUUUCUAUGGCAACAGCGAGGCUAAUGAUGGGAUGUAUCAGUUGACCUCGUCUCUUCUCACAGCCAAUUAUACGCUAGCUUCCAUCGAUCUGCUGAUUUCAGACACAAUUUCUGGGCUGCAGCUGUCCGUCUCUAGCCCCCUGACCUCGCUGGAGGAGCUCUUUACUGGCAGUAAACCCUUCCUGGUGUCGACGCGGAACUGUCGGAGGUUAUCUGAGAAUGUCAUCAACCUCCUCUCCUCCAUCUCCCUGGCUCGGUCCAGUCUGGACACAGGCCUGGGCAAUGACAGUAUCAGCGGGGCGUCCAUCAUACCUCUGACCCCGGUACCUCCCUCUGUGGCACCUACAGUGGUGCCUACCAGCAGCUUGAUGCCCAGCCCCUUCUCACCUGGCUGGGCGGCCAACGCGCUGAUGGUCAACGAGGACUACAGGUGGCUGUCCUACGUGUUGCUGCUGCUGCUUGACCUCAUAGUGUGUCUGUUCAUCCUGUUGGGACUGGCCAAGCAAGCCCGCUGGCUGCUCAUCCUGAUGACUGUGCUGGCGUGGCUGGCUCUCUUCCUAAGCUGGGGCUCCCUGGGUUUGGAGACAGCCACAGUAGUGGCUCUCAGUGACUUCUGCUCGGAUCCAAACACGUUUGUAGUAAACUCCACCCACUUCAACACCGGCACCAGCUCAGAUGUGUUGGAUUAUUACCUGACCUGCAGCAGGCGCAUGAACAGUCCAUUCCAGCAGCUGCUGACCCAGUCACAGAGGGCACUGUCCAACAUUCACACACACCUCUCCAGUCUGGAAAGAAAUGCUCUCACACAGUUCCCCAAAGCUGAGAAAUCACUCAGGGAGGUUCAGCAGAUACUCAACUCCACAGAGGGCAACUUUCAUCAGCUGGUGGCGCUGCUAAACUGCCGAGGUCUUAAUAAGGACUACAUCGACUCUUUGAAAGGCCUGUGCUAUGACGGGAUGGAGGGAUUGCUCUACCUCUCCCUUUACUCUUUCCUCUCUGCUCUGGCCUUCACUGCCAUCCUCUGCUCUCUGCCCGGCGCCUGGAGGAGCUUCCCCAGUGAAUCAGAAGAGUACGAAGACUCGGACAGCGAGAGUGAGGACCCCUUCACCUCCCAUCAGGCACGUAGACAGACGGCCUCGGGGUCUCAGCGAGGGGCCAUGGCCCCCUUCUAUAAUUACCCGGGGGCCGGGUGGACACCCCCCUUUUCUAGCGCGCCGCCCCUCCCGACUCCAAACGUUUCCUCCAAUGGCAACCCUGGCUAUGAGAGCCUACCCUUGACUGACAGGCAGUCCCCACCCCCCUCUUACUCUCCCAGCAUGCUGACUGGUUACGGGGGAAGUCAAUCACACCCCAACCCCGCCCAUUCGAGGAACCUGUAUUCACGUUGAUUAUUAUUUUUUGUUAGGAAAUGUAUAGAAAAAAAAAGUUUAGUUUUCAUAUGAAUGGACACUUUACUGAAAUGAAAAAGAAACUAAUCUAAAUAAAAUGAAUGCUAAGUGUGAAUUCAAAGUGCGUAACGUCAGUACCACUGAAUAUUAUUAUUAUAAUGAUUAUUAGAAGCACUUAAAAGAAACAGGUCUGAAUGGACCGUUGAUAUAACCGACAAUGAUAAUGCUGGUACGCUGGCUGUGCAAAUAUGAACCAAGUCCACUUGGUCUAAAUUCUUUCCCCCCUCGUCUGUCCAAACUCUGUGUAAACUGUGAACAGUGGUGAGGCAAGUCAGAAUGGUAUUGACGUUACUACGUUGUAGUUUUAUAUUCUUCAAUGUAUCAGUACCACCGAUUUUAUUUUUAAGUUUUUAUAUAAAUAUUGUUGUAGAAAAGCACUGGCACGUAGCAACAAUACACAUUUUUUUCUGUGAAUGGUUAUGCAGUUCCUUCACUUGGUAUCAUGUUUUUUUAUUAUUACUUUUUAUAGGUGGCAAUUCUGUAUUUUCCUUGUAUUACCUUAUGGUAUUCUGUAUAUCUCACUGUCUAUAAUAUCUGAAUAAUCAUGAACAUUUGCUCUUAAAAAAACAAAACAAAAAAAAAAACAUACUCGAGGGCUACCAAGACCCUGUUUUAACCA